CCGUGUGACGUCACAUACUUUCACUCGCUGCCGCCGCUGAGCUCGGGAGCUGCUCGCGCUCCUCUCCCCGUGAAACAAAGUAGUGUCCGCGAGACCGGAGCGAAACGAGAAAACACAGACAGAAUGGGGCGCCUGAAUCCGCAACAGGGAUAAACAAACCAAAAAAAGACUAAGAAAGAGGUUGGAAAUCAUCCCAAACUAACCGGAAAACUUUGGAAAACUAUCAGCCGUGCCAGCACACUGUGAACAUGGAUACAUUUUUGUUCCUGGGACUCACGUUUCUCCUUUCGCCGAGCGUGAGAGUCUGGGGUCAGAUACCGACAGCUCACAUGGGCCGCGCUGAGAAGGGAAGCUGCACGUUCGACGAGGGCUUCUCCCAGUGUGACUACCAGCAGGACCCCUACGAUGACUUUGAUUGGACGCACAUCAACACCCAGGAAGUGCCCUACGUGUCCCCGGAGCUGCCAAAAGGCUCCUACAUGGCGGUGGACGUCUCCCAGUACGACGUCGGGGAGAAGGCCCGCUUCCAGCUCCCCGUCAUGAAGGAGAACGACACCCACUGCAUCGACUUCAACUACCUCCUGACGAGCCCCGACGGCUCCAGCCCCGGCACCCUCAACGUGCUGGUCAAGGUUAACAAGAGCCCCCAGAUGGCUAACCCCAUCUGGAACAUGACUUCAUACACCGGUAAAGACUGGCUGAGAGCUGAGCUCGCUGUCUCCACUUUCUGGCCCAAUGAAUACCAGGUCAUAUUCGAGGCAGAGGUCUCUGACAGCAAGGCCGGUUUCAUCGCCAUCGACGACAUCCAGGUGCUCAGCUACCCAUGCGAUAAAUCACCUCAUUUCCUGCGUCUGGGCGACGUUGAGGUGAACGCCGGACAGAACGCCACCUUUCAGUGCAUCUCUACCGGGAGGGAGACGUCCAGUAAUAAGCUCUGGCUACAGAGGAGGAAUGGUGAAGACAUCCCCGUGGCCAAGACCAAAAACAUCAAUCACAGACGAUUCGCUGCCUCCUUCCGCCUCAAAGAGGUGACCAAUCAGGACCAAGAUCUCUACCGCUGUGUCACCCAGUCGGAGCGCGGCUCCGGGGUCUCCAACUUCGCCGGUCUGAUAGUGAGAGAGCCGCCACGACCCAUUGCCCCGCCCCAGCUGCUGGGCGUUGGUCCCACCUACCUCCUGAUCCAGCUCAACGCCAACUCCAUAUUUGGGGAUGGGCCCAUCAUACUCAAGGAGGUGGAGUACCGCAUGACGUCGGGCACCUGGACGGAAACCCACGCGGUCAACUCUCCCAACUACAAGCUGUGGCACCUGGACCCAGACACCGAGUACGAGAUCAGAGUGCUGCUCACCAGGCCCGGAGAGGGGGGCACGGGCAUGCCCGGACCCCCACUCAUCACCCGCACCAAAUGUGCAGAACCCAUGCGGACUCCCAAGCGGCUGAAGAUUGCCGAGACCCGGUCGCGUCUGAUCGCGGUGGACUGGGAGUCGCUGGGCUACAACAUCACUCGCUGCCACACCUUCAACGUCACCAUCUGCUACCACUACAUGACGGCCAGCAACCGCAGCAAACAUGGCUGCUUGGACAUGGACCCUAAAGCUCCGCGCCACCUGGUGGGCAACCUGCCACCCUACACCAACGUGAGCCUGAAGAUGAUCCUGACCAACCCCGAGGGGCGCAAGGAGAGUGAUGAGACCGUCAUCCAGACGGAUGAGGAUGUCCCGGGUCCUGUUCCCGGCCAGUCGGUGAAAGCCACUCCGUAUGAAGACAGCAUCCACCUGUACUGGAAGGAACCGGCCGAGCCCAAUGGGAUCAUCAUCCAAUACGAGAUCAGCUACAGCGGCCUGCGCUCCUUCGACCCCUCUGUGCCGCUCCAGCGCACGGGGCUGGUGGUGUCCCUCCCGUCCAACACCACCCAGCACCUGUUCUCCCCGCUGCACCCCGGGGUGACCUACCAGUUCUCCAUACGGGCGUCCACCUCCAAAGGGUUUGGGCAGGCCACCACGCUCAACGUUUCCACAAAUAUUUCAGCCCCGACGUUGGAGGAGUACGACGGCUCGGAGGCCUUCCUGAACGAGACGGCCACCACCAUCACCGUGCUGCUCAAACCCGCCCAGGCCAAGGGAGCCCCCAUAAGUGUGUAUCAGAUCGUGGUGGCGGAGGUGAACCCGCAGCGAUCCCGUCGCCAGGCCUCCUCUGACUGCUACCAGGUUCCUCUGUCCUACACCAGCGCCUUAAGUAGCAACUCUCCAUACUACUUUGCGGCCCAGCUGCCCCCCAGCAGCCUGCCAGAGCCUCUACCUUUCACCGUCGGGGACAACCGGACCUACCAGGGCUUCUGGAACCCUCCGCUGGCCCCGAGGAAGAACUACAACAUCCUACUGCAAGCGGUCAGCAGCACGGACCGGGAGACCAAGACCCAGUGCCUGAGACUAGCAACCAAAGGUGCGACCGAGGAGCCAGAAGUGGUCCCGGACCCGGCCAAGCAGACGGACCGGGUGGUGAAGAUUGCGGGCAUCAGUGCCGGCGUCCUGGUCUUCAUUCUCCUGGUGCUAGUGGCCAUCCUGCUGGUGAAGAAGAGGAGGACCUACUAUUCAUACUCUUAUUACCUAAAACUGGCGAAGAAGCGCAAAGACGCCAUUGGAACGACGCGGCAGGAGAUGACCCACAUGGUGAACGCGAUGGACCGUAGCUAUGCCGACCAGAGCACCCUUCACGGCGAGGACCCCAUGGCCGUGACCUUCAUGGAUUCGCACAGCUUCACCGCCAACAGAUACGAGAACCACAGCGCCUCGGCGGUGCCGGAGAACAACCGCCUGCUGGACGUGCCGCGCUACCACUGCGAGGGGGCCGAGUCCCCCUACCAGACGGGCCAGCUGCACCCGGCCAUCAGGGUGGCGGACCUCCUGCAGCACAUCAACCUGAUGAAGACCUCCGACAGCUACGGCUUCAAGGAGGAGUACGAAGUGUUGCAGAGUUUCUUCGAAGGCCAGUCGGCCUCAUGGGACGUGGCCAAGAAGGAUCAGAAUCGCACCAAGAAUCGCUACGGCAACAUCAUAGCCUAUGACCACUCAAGGGUUAUUCUUCAGCCUAUUGAAGACGACCCCUCCUCCGAUUACAUCAACGCCAACUACAUCGAUAUUUGGCUGUACAGGGAUGGCUACCAGAGACCAAGUCACUACAUCGCCACGCAGGGUCCAGUUCAUGAGACCGUAUAUGACUUCUGGAGGAUGGCGUGGCAGGAACAGUCUGCCUGUAUCGUCAUGGUUACCAAUCUGGUGGAGGUUGGAAGGGUCAAGUGCUACAAGUACUGGCCCGACGAUGCCGAGGUGUACGGAGAUUUCAAGGUGACGUUUGUGGAGGUCGAACCCCUGGCCGAGUACGUCGUCCGGACUUUUACUUUGGAGAGGCGUGGAUUCAACGAGGUGCGAGAGGUCAAGCAGUUCCACUUCACCGGCUGGCCCGAUCACGGCGUGCCGUAUCACGCCACAGGACUACUUUCCUUCAUCCGCAGGGUCAAAGUCUCCAACCCGCCCUCGGCUGGGCCCGUCGUGGUCCACUGCAGCGCCGGAGCGGGACGCACGGGCUGCUUCAUCGUGAUCGACAUCAUGCUGGACAUGGCGGAGAGGGAAGGCGUGGUGGACAUCUACAACUGCGUCAAGGCCCUGCGCUCCAGGAGGAUCAACAUGGUACAGACUGAGGAGCAGUACAUAUUCAUCCAUGACGCCAUCCUGGAGGCGUGUCUGUGUGGAGAGACGGCCAUACCGGUGUGCGAGUUCAAGGCCGCCUUCUAUGAGCUGAUCCGCAUCGACUCCCAAACCAACUCCUCCCACCUGAAGGACGAGUUUCAGACCCUGAACUCGGUGACCCCCCAGCCCCAGCCGGAGGACUGCAGCAUCGCGCUGCUGCCCAGGAACCAAGAGAAGAACCGCUUCAUGGACGGCCUGCCCCCAGACCGCUGCCUGCCCUUCCUCAUCACCAUCGACGGAGAGAGCAGCAACUACAUCAACGCCGCCCUCAUGGAUAGCUACAGACAGCCCGCCGCCUUCAUCGUCACCCAGCACCCACUGCCCAACACGGUCAAGGACUUCUGGCGCCUGGUGUACGACUACGGCUGCACCAGCCUGGUGAUGCUCAACGAGAUCGACCUGGCUCAGGGCUGCCCUCAGUACUGGCCCGAGGAGGGCAUGCUGCGCUACGGCCCCGUCCAGGUGGAGUGCAUGUCCUGCUCCAUGGACUGUGACGUCAUCAGCAGGCUCUUCCGCGUCUGCAACCUCACCAGGCCCCAGGAGGGAUACCUGAUGGUGCGUCAGUUCCAGUACCUGGGCUGGGCGGGCCACAGAGACGUCCCCACCUCCAAGCGCUCCUUCCUCAAACUCCUCCUCCAGGUGGACCAAUGGCAGCGUGAGGGCGAGGAGGGGGAGGGCCGGACCAUUGUGCACUGCCUUAGCGGCGGGGGGCGCAGCGGCGUGCUGUGUGCCAGCAGCAUCGUGUGUGAGAUGGCCAAGCGGCAGAGCGUGGUGGACGUCUUCCACGCCGUCAAGAGCCUGAGGAACAGCAAGCCCAACAUGGUGGACACCCCGGAGCAGUACCGCUUCUGCUACGACCUGGCGCUGGAGUUCAUCGAGAGCUCCUCCUAGGCCCAAGGAGACGUCCUCUCACCUCACACGCUUCACUCUCGUGUUUUUUUGGCUUGAUGAUGAUGAUAACCCCUCCCCCUUUUGCAGUGACGCUUUUUUUUUCUUCAAUAUCCUCAUUGCGUCUCUCUCCCGUUGAUAUAGCGCUGUGAUUCCAUUGGACGGGACGGGAAGCGCAGAAGGGCGUGAGAACAAAUGGCCUUGGUCACGAGGCGGGGUUCACGUUAACGUUUUUCGUUCGUUUUUCCCCCCGAGCCCCGUUGGGGCCGGAGCUCGACGUGGAUCGUGAUGUUUAGCCUCGUCCAUGAACCAUAAACUCCCAACGCCCAGCGUCAGUUCAGCUCACAUCGAUCAACGUGUGCGUUCCCCCCACACCGUACACCACACACAGAUUGCUAAAGCUAAGAGUGCGCCGUUGUUCCCGCGGCCAUGUGUACGUUUACAGCCACCCACACCUCAAGCACCACAGAAGAGGACAGCCGUGGGGGGGGGGGGGGGGGGCUGAGUCGUCCGCACCGUACACCAGCAGUAUAUUUUGGACACCUUAGCAUACACCGCAGGUUUUUUUGUUUGCUGGCCCAGCGGAUUAUAUUUAGUGUAUUUGGUCAUUUCAGAAGUCGCUCCGCGGCGUCCAAGGUCAAAAUGGAAGGAGGGACGAGGAACGUGGAAUGAUAUAAGGGAACUGAAAGUAGCUUGUAUAUCUUUAUAGAUUUGUGUAUAAGAGGAUAUUGGAUCUUAGAGCGGAGACGGACUAGGGACAGGGGGAGGACGAGUUAGUGUAUGGGGAGUUACAAACAAGAAAGUAGCUUGUUCUUUUGUUUUCCUUUUGUACUACUUUGUUCUUAUUUUUUGUAAUUGUCCCCCAUCACAUCAUUGUUUUUGUAUCAUGCAAUGGAAAAGGUCUAAACUUAUGUUAUUCACUAAAUGUACACAGUGAAGUGAAAUGUGUUGGCAGCAAUCAGUGCUAGGGUUCUUGCAGUUUUCUGAGACUAAUGUUAUUUUCUGUUACGUCACAUGCUCUUGUGGUAUUACUUACCUGUCUACUCAAUAAGAAAAGCCUUACUCACAAUAUUGUACCGUAAACCACAAGUUUUCUGUGAUAACUUUUGUAUCAAGCGCAAUCAUCUAACAUUAGCUUAAUCAUUUGUUUCAAGGGGCUGAGCCCAAUAUUAUUUCGUUCCCACAAAUUUAAAUUCGAUUUUUUUAUUUUUUUUUGUGGUUUCAUGGCUCAGAAUUUUGUGUUGGCCUGCUUGAUGUAUACGGUGAAACACGUGUAAAUUUAAUUUGCACCUUUGUGCUUAUGUUAUGAAUAGAUUCGGCAUGGGGCGUUGAACCUCCGAACACCUCAAUUGUCUUGUGCACUGAUGGCCGGCAUUUUUUUUAUUUUUUUUCAUGAUUUAAAAGCUGAUGUUUAUUCAUAAGCCAAAGACUUUGUGUAAAUAUGUCUAUAUGGAUAAAGCGCAUCAUUUGUAUUUAUUGUUUCCUUGUUUUUUGCAUAUGAGAACAAUCAUUCUUCAUUCCACGUUUACUGCCGGCGUCUCAUACAAACCACAGGGUCACAUGAUGACGGGGGGUGGGUGGGGCUGGGGUCUGACACAAGGUGUAGUCCCGUGGGGUCAGUCCCUCGGGGGGACGGACUGAGUGAGCUCGGUGUGGAAGCCCCACCUGAUAUAAGAACCAGCAUGUUUAAAGUGGGCAUGUACUCUCGUUUUGGGUCCAUGCAGGAGAACAUUUAAGGACCUCCGAUCAAAGCUGUAUAUUAAAAGCAUUAAUUGUAGUAUCUUUUGAAUAUUUAGAUGGAAGUCAACAGUAUCUUUCUGUUUUAUUUUUCGUUCAACGUUUUUUUGUUGGUUCGUUGUUCUUUUUUCACUUCUGAAUCUCUGUGAUGUUACCGUUGUGUUUAGAAAAAGUAAAAGACAAAAAAAGGCCAUUGCUCGACUUGUGGACGGGAACAUGUUGUUUAGCCGCAGAAGAGGCGAACCCAGAACGGUGGCUCAUAUCCCUGUAUUAUAGACCCUGGGGGAGAUACUGUUGUUCUGCAUCCACACAUUACCCUGUAGCGAGGAUGACUAAACACUCACUCGCUAGGCCUGGAUGGUAGACAAGAGGGAGAGUUGGAAAUAUAUAUAUUGUGCCUAUCUGUUUGAUUCUUUUUUUUUCUCUUAAUACGAGCGUUUGAGAGCAUUGUAACCGCUUCAUUGUCUCAAACUGGGUUUUUGCUUUGAAUGCGUGCUCGUGGACGAUCAAUGUUAUCGUCGGUCAGAACAGAAGUUAUAUUGUAAUGUAGGCCUAAAAGAAACAGAGGAGAAGUCAUACUACUCUAGUGCUUCUUCAUCAGAACAACACAGAGCUCUAUCGGUAACAAACUUCAGAAGCGGAGCCGAGUUGCGCUGUAGAGACUGUACUUCUACACCGCUUUACCUUGUCCUCCAAUGAAAAGACCGCCAUAAACCAGGGUGGCAUAAUAAAGCAUUUACUGCCACCUAGUGGACAUUUGACUGACUUCAGACUGAUCUCCGAUUGCUCAAUCUAGCAGCUGUUAUCUGCUAUCCUGCCAUGCUAAUACUUGGAGCGAAAAUAAGCAGAACAAUCCGUUAAUGUAAAGGAGCCACGGUUUGAAAAUUAUACAAUGCGAGUAGUAAAAAAUAACUCUUCGCUUUCGUGCUUAAUGCAGCCGAAUGAGCGGUCAUUGAGGUCAAGGGGCUACACUUUGAUAAUGUAGGGUGCUGGCAGAAGUUGUUGAAUUCUUGUUAUAGAUUUAAAGAUGAAACAACUUUGGAGUUCUUACCCCCACACACAUAAAUCUAUUAUCUCUGAAGAUGAUGCCCCCUUGAAACCACACAGUCCAAAAGCAACUGGUGUCUACAUGGAAGUCUGGUCUGAAUAUACUGUUGAUCUUCAUGGUUUAUUCAUUCUUCUUGUCUGUAAUGUUUGGCUUAUUUGCUGUAAUAAAAGAAAAUUC